AUGCUUCCACCCAGCGGCAGCCACCGAACCUGGACCCGCGACGGCUUCCUCAUCUCCACCGACACGUCUCUCAUCCCACUCGCCGCCGUCAACGCCGCCUUCGCCUCCGACGCCCUCUACUGGGCAAAAGCGCUCCCGGAGCCAGCCCUGCGCGCCGCCCUUGACGCUUCCCUCUGCUUCGGCCUCUACUCGCCCACCGGCGAAACUUUACCGCCGCCGCCUGAAUCUGAUGUGACUGCGGAGGCAGUUGCUCAGGGCCCGGCGGAUGUCGUGCAUGAGAUCGCGACGCACGUCGAAGGCGCAAAGGGCGGCGGCACGUCGGCCGCGUCCACGGAAAGCAAGCACGGAGUGGCUGCUCAGGAGUCUACCGGGGGCGGGGCGCCGCUCAUCGGCUUCGCGCGCGUGAUCACGGAUGGCGUGACGUUUGCGUACCUGACGGAUGUGUACGUGCUGGAGGAGUGGCGGGGCAGGAAACUGGGCGAGUGGUUGGUCGGAUGUGUGAAUGAGGUGAUGGAUGAGAUGCCGCAUUUGAGGCGUAUCAUGGGUAUUUUGGGGGAUAAGGGCAUGGCGACGUUCUAUCAGCGGGUCAUGGGACUGGAGAUCAUGAAGGGGGACGAGGGGCCGGCUUGGGUGGUGCAGCGGAGGGGUGGGGGAAGUAACUUUGCUUGA